CGAAGCGCCAUUGUAAAAGUGUAAAGUGGAGGUGAAUGUUGAAAUCAUCAUCGUCUCUCUUUGCGAACUCGAUUCUGCGUCACCGAUGCAAAUCAAUGUCGGAGCUGUACAAAACACACGCCCUCUUGAUCACACUCGGUCUCUCCGAGGAAGAGCCUUUUGUUUCUCAAACUCUGUCUUCUUCAGAGGACGUCAAUUACGCUUACAGAUUCUUGUCAAAUCUAUCUAAUCCUCCAAACUACGGCUGGAAUCUAGUAAUACGAGGCUUCUCCAACAGCAGAAGCCCCGAGAAAUCGAUCCGCGUCUAUGUCCAGAUGUUGAGGUCUGGGUACUCACCUGAUCAUAUGACUUAUCCGGUUCUCUUGAAGUCAAGUUCUCGUCUUUUCAACAGAAGACUCGGUGGGUCUUUGCAUUGCACCGUCGCUAAAACUGGGUUUCAGUGGGAUUUGUUUAUAUGUAAUACUCUUUUCCAUAUGUAUGGUUCGUUCCGAGACAGAGCUUCUGCGCGCAAGCUGUUCGAUGAAAUGCCUGUGAAAAACUUGGUCACUUGGAACGCUAUUUUAAAUGUGUAUGCCAAGUGUGGGGAUGUUGUUUCGGCAAGACAGGUGUUUGAUGAGAUGACUAAGAGAGAUGUUGUGUCUUGGAGUUCUAUGAUCGAUGGGUAUGUUAAAAGCGGUGAAUACAACGAAGCAUUGGAGAUUUUUGAUCAGUUGAUGAGAGUUGGUUCAUCAAAGGCUAAUGAAGUCACUAUGGUUAGUGUUUUGUGCGCUUGUGCUCACUUGGGUGCGUUAAAUCGAGGGAAGACUGUACAUCGGUAUAUACUCGACGAGCAUUUGCCCUUAACAGUUAUAUUGCAGACGUCUCUUAUUGAUAUGUAUGCUAAGUGCGGCUCUAUAGGAGAUGCUUGGGGAGUGUUUUGUAGAGCACUCGUUGAGGAAAGGGAUGCAUUGAUGUGGAACGCUAUGAUUGGAGGACUUGCCAGUCACGGGUUCAUUAGAGAGUCACUCCAACUGUUUCACAAAAUGCAAGUGUCUAAGAUUAACCCUGACGAGAUAACAUACUUGUGCUUGCUUGCUGCUUGUUCCCAUGGUGGUUUAGUGAAAGAAGCGUGGUACUUGUUCGCUAGUCUUAAGGAAAGCGGAGCUGAACCAAAGAGCGAGCAUUAUGCUUGUAUGGUUGACGUGCUUUCUAGAGCUGGUUUGGUUAAAGACGCACAUGGUUUUAUAUCUGAAAUGCCGGUGAAACCGACAGGUGCAAUGUUGGGUGCUUUGCUUAACGGGUGUAUAAACCAUGGAAACUUUGAGCUUGCGGAAACAGUUGGAAAGAAGCUUCUUGAGUUGCAACCGCAUAAUGAUGGGCGAUAUGUCGGGCUAGCAAACGUUUAUGCGAUCAACAAGCGGUUUGGUGCAGCUCGGUCUAUGAGAGAAGCAAUGGAGAAGAAAGGAGUGAAGAAAAUUGCAGGACACAGUAUAAUUGAAUUGAAUGAAACACCACAUAGAUUCGUAGCUCAUGACAAAACGAAUUUUCACUCCGAGAAGAUCUAUGGAAUGUUACAGCUAAUUGGAACUCGGAUGAGUCUCCUCGAUGUUGACUAUGAUUAUACUGAAGACUCUCAUUGUUUUUGUUUUUAAGAUUUUCAUAUUUAAUUUUUUUAGGUAAAGGUUAAACACUUCAACUAAAUUAGGCUAAGAAACAUGAAUGGUUUAAAGGUUCCGUCUAGAACAAUUUUGAUGGGUUUGUUGUGCAGAGUUAGCAGUAUAAGCUGACUGUAAAUCAUAAUUUUACUUCAGUUGAGUCCAAAAAUCUAUUUGUGAUUAUUUAGGUCAGUAAGAGAUGUAUAAAGACACAUUGCUUUACUUUUGUUUCUUGUAAUGGAUGAUAUCAUUAGACAGUGUAACGCAACCGAUUUAAGAUAUGAAUAUCUUCUCAUUAUCAAAUCUUUUGAUUAUCACUCUUCUUCAAUUGGAAAAAAAAUCAUAUCAAUUUAGCAAAACAAACCCCGAAAGAGUGUACAGCCAUCAAUGGCGUGGAAUUAGGGUUUUUUUCUUUUCUUUUUUCUGGUAGGUUUCAAAAUGGGAAAGAAAAAAAAAA